AUGGUGAAUUUAACCACCAUGAUGAUGAUGAUCAUGAUGAUAAUAGUGAUGAGUGUUUUGAUUGGAGCAUCGGACAACAACGCGGUGUACAGUCCAUGUUCAGACACUCAAAUAAGCAAAGGAGAUGGUUUCACCAUUUGUCUUGCCAUCUCUAGCAGAGAAGCUUUCUUCCUUGACCAAGUCCAGCUUUCCCCUUGCGAUUCUCGUCUCGGUUUAGCUGCGAAAAUGUCACAGCUCGCGCUUUUUAGACCUAAGGUGGAUGAGAUCUCUCUUCUCUCCAUCGACACAAGUAAGUUUAACCCGGUAAGUCUUUCUCUGUAUAUGUAA